ACACACAUACUCAGACAUUGUGAAAAGACUCCCUUUUUUUUCCUUUUAUGUAUGUGUGGUGUUCCAUCAUCAACUCAACUCGUCGGUCGGUCUUUUUGGUUUGGUUUUCGGUUUUUCGGGUUUUUUUUUCUUUUUCUUCAUCUUUUUCGGCCGUUGUGCUGUGGCUCGACACAUACAUACAUAGAUAGAUAGAGCUACUCAUACGUAAAAAAAGAGAGAAAGCAUAAGCAAGAAUAUUUGGUGAAUGUGUGGCCAAGAUACUGUGGCUCGCCAAAAAACCAAGUGCCCACAAAAAAAAAAAUUCAACUCAACUAAUUCUGCGUGUAUAUUAUGUUUGUGUGUCUGUGCAUGAAUACACUUGGAUGCAAUGGCUUAAAUUCAACUGUAACUGAGAGAUACUGAAAUUUAUUUUAAUGUAAAAAAAUAAAAUUUACCAUAGAUUAAAAAAGAAAUGAAGAAAACACAAUCUACUCUAAUUCCAGAAGCUAAAAAGUUGAAUAUUAGAUUUCUAAACAGAAUUCAUCCAUCGAGCAACUCAACAGAAUCAAAGGAUAUUGAUUUUCACUACCGUAAAACAACGAAAAAAAAUCUGUGGUUGGUUAGUUCGUUGUAUUGUGAGUUUAUUUGAUACUCUUAUGAUGGUUUUUCCUCUCUGGUCGAUGAAAGAAGAUCAAAACGAACAAAUUUGUAUAUAUGGCACCCAAAAACCUCUACCGAUGCUGUUGCCGCCAAAAUUUUCAACUAAAUUCUCUUUAUUUUCAUGUAUAGUUGGUCUGGGCGCGAAAAGAUAUACGUUUUAGUUAUUCUAAAAGAAAAAGUAUAAAUGAAAACCUAAAACAGGAACCAUCGUCAUCAUCGACCAAUACUGCUGCUACAACAGCUCUAUUUCUCUCAAUUUUCUGGUUGUUUUUAUUAUUGUUGUUUUCUAUUUUUUCCAAUGAAUCAAGAGUGAGAGAGAAAAAGAUAUUCCAUUCAACUAACCAACCAACUAACCAACAUCAAUCCGCAUCUCUCUGGUUUUUCCUGUGGAUGUGUGCCUGUGGUAUAGUAUAGUAUAGAGAAAGGGAGAGAGAGAGAGAGCAAGACAAGUUGAUGCUCAACACACACAUUCUGAUAUUUUGUGUCGAACCACAACUCAAUCAAGAGACUCAUCAAUUCGUCUCCAACCUACCAACUCCAACUAUCCAACAUUGACGCAUCAUUCAAUUCCAAGCAUUUGUUCGGGUUUAAAAGCAAUUGUAUUUCAAUAUUGGUUUGUCACCGCUUGGAUUCUGGACAUUUUCUACCGCCAAUUGUCUUUCUAAUCGUCGCCCAUCAUCUAGUAGAGCCCGAUUUUUUUUUUUGUUUCUCAAAUUUUUGUUUUUUGCUGAUGUUUUGACCACUUAUAAGUGGAUUUGUGUCCAUCAAGUGUGUAUGCUUGUGUAUAUGUGUGUGGGUUGAUUUCCACAAAAUAUAUUCGCCUUCAUUAUUAUUUUUCUUGGUUGUUGUUUUUUGUGAAACUAAAAUCGAUUCAAUCUGGCUUCAUCAUUAUCAUCAUCGCCUUCUUCUUCAUCACCAUUAAGUCAUCAAUAUUAUUAUUAUAGCAAAAUGUUACCAUUUGAAACGCCUACAAUAUUUGAACAAUUACCACGAUUCAUAUUUCAAAUGCCAAGAGUGGUUACCGAUCAAAAAGCUAAAUUUGAAAAUGAUGAAUUGUUUAGAAAAUUAUCAAGAGAAAGUGAGAUUCGUUAUACUGGUUAUCGUGAUCGACCACUCGAAGAACGGCAAAUACGUUUCAUAAAUGGAUGUCGUGAAGGCCAUACAGAUAUUGCAUUUGUAUCGACUGGUACGAAUUUACAACUUUUAUUCAAUCCAUUGGCCAAUGCAUUCACCGGCACUGAUUACUGUGAUUUUGACAAGGAAAAAGGCAAGGUUCAUAUACGAUCAUCAAUGAUAAUCGAUGGCGUAUGUAUACGAUGGCGUGGCUAUAUUGAUCUCGAACGUCUGGAUGGUGUUGGUUGUUUAGAAUAUGAUGAAGAUCGUGGCCGAAUCGAGGAUGCAAUCUUAAGGCAACAAAUUGAACAAUAUAAAUUACGAAUGAGAGAAUUCGAAGAAAGACAACGGCUAUAUAAAUUAGCGCAAGCUGAACAUCAGAAGAAAAAUAAUUCCAAUACAAAUAAUGCUAAUUCCAAUAAUAAUAAUAAUACGGCAGCAGCUGCUAUGAUCACGACGGCGACGACUACAAUGACCACUACCGCAACAGCAACGAUAACAUCAACGGCGACAACCACAUUGGCCACAACGACUACACCAGCCAAUCUAAGUAAAGGCGAGCUUCGAAAAUAUCAUAUCGAGAAUAUUCUCAGCGGAAACAUGUCCAAUCAUAAUAAUAAUAAUCACCAUCAUGCUGGUAAUCAUGGACAUCCUAACCAUAAUCAUCAUAAUCAUCGCAAUCGAUAUAGACAACUAUUGAUGUAG